AUGGCUAAGCUUGCCAUUCUGAUCUCAUGCGCCAUGCUCCUAGCCGCGGCGUGCCAUGGCCUGGAGGUGGGCUACUACCGAAGCACGUGCCCGAAGGCCGAGGCGCUCGUGCGCGCCGAGGUGAAGAAGGCCGUGCGCGCCGACGCCGGCUCCGGCGCCGGCAUCAUCCGCAUGCUCUUCCACGACUGCUUCGUCGAGGGCUGCGACGCCUCCGUGCUGCUGGACCCGACGCCGGCCAACCCGCAGCCGGAGAAGCUGGGCGCGCCCAACAACCCCAGCCUCCGGGGCUUCGAGGUCAUCGACGCCGCCAAGGCCGCCCUCGAGCGCGCCUGCCCCGGCGUCGUCUCCUGCGCCGACGUCGUCGCCUUCGCGGCCCGCGACGCGUCCUACCUCCUCAGCCACGCCAGGGUCAGCUUCCACGUCCCCGCCGGCCGCCUCGACGGCCGCAGGUCCAUCGCCAACGACACGCUCCUCUUCCUGCCCGGCCCGACCUCCAACCUCAGCACCCUCGUCUCCGGCUUCGCCGCCAAGGGCCUCUCCGCCGAGGACAUGGUCGUGCUCUCCGGGGCGCACUCCAUCGGCCGCUCCCACUGCUCCUCCUUCGUCCCCGACCGCCUCGCCACCCAGUCCGACAUCGGCGCGCCGCUCGCCAGCCUCCUGCGCCGCCGGUGCCCAGCCAGCCCCACCGCCGCCAACGACCCCACGGUGGUGCAGGACUUCGUGACGCCCAGGAAGCUCGACAACCAGUUCUACAAGAACGUGCUCGCGCGCAGGGUGCUCUUCACGUCCGACGCCGCGCUGCUGUCCUCGCAGGACACGGGGAGGAUGGUGCGCGCCAACGCCAGGUUCCCGGCGUCGUGGGAGAAGAAGUUCGCCAAAGCGAUGGUGAAGAUGGCCAACAUCGAAAUCAAGGGCAGCGGCGUCGGCGAGAUCAGGAAGAACUGCCGCCUCGUCAACUAG